AAAGUUAAUCUAUAUUGGUGGAAAUGAGUAUUAACCGGUUCCCGACAAUCUCGGCACGCCGCGCGGAGCGCUCAAGCCGGAAUCCGGAACUGCCGGAAGAGAGCCUAACUUCAGACAGUUCAGACAGAACAGAACACGAAACGGUCAAAUCUUGCCCGUUGUGCGGUGGUUGUGCGCAACACCACAUGGUGACGGUGGUAAAAUGGCUUCGCUCGUUCCCUGCGUCGCUGUAAGAGGGUCCAAUGGUAUAAAUUUAGCAUAUGGUCCACCGUCCUAUGAACCUGUCAAAACAUUUCCUAAAGAUGACAACAAAAACUGCAAGACCAUGCUCUUCAGUCCAGAUGGUCAAUACUUUGCAUGGUCUAAUGCAUCUAAGGUUAAAAUCGUGUUGUGCAAGACGUGGCAGAUUGUCGCAGAAAUCCAACGACCCAAAAUCUGUUCUCUUAAAUUCUCUAGUUAUAGCACUUAUCUUGCGACUUGGGAACCAUCCUUUGUAACAAAAGAAGAGCCUCAGGGCUCACAAAAUUUUCACAUAUGGAAGUCCGAAACAGGUGAACAUGUUCAACAUCUUAUCCAGAAGAGAAUGGGGGAUUGGGAGCCACAGUGGUCGAGUGACGAAACAUUCUAUGGAAUAUUGAAAGGAGGAAAUGUUCUUUUAUAUGAAAAUAACAACUUUGAUAGAUAUGUACACAAAAUAGGUAAAGGCAAUAUUGCCAAAUUUAGUAUAGCACCUGGUAAUGCUCCCUACCAUGUCCUUUGUUACAUGCCAGGUAAUUAUGCAGAUAAAGUCGAUAUGUAUUGGAAUCAAUGUGGAACAAAUGUCUUAUUGAUGACAAACACAGAAGUUGAUAAGACCGGUGCAUCAUAUUAUGGAAAACAGACAUUGCAUCAUCUCAAUAUAAAAGGGGAGACUGCUAUGGUUAUGCUCAGUAAAGAAGGUCCUAUACAUGCAGUAGAAUGGUCUCCCAGGAACACAGAAUUUUGUGUGAUAUAUGGCUUUAUGCCAUCUAAAACAACGUUAUUUAAUUGUAAAUGUGAAGCUGUCUUUGAGUUUGGCAUGUUGUAUAGAAAUAGUAUAUAUUAUAAUCCACAUGGCAACAUAUUGCUUUUGGCUGGAUUUGGUAAUCUUAGGAGCGGCAUCGAAUUAUGGGAUGUCAUUAAUAGAAAACUCAUUGCUAAAACUGAUGCACCAGAUACUACACUGCUGCGGUGGUCACCAGAUGGAGAACAUUUCAUGACUGCAACUACAGCACCUAGAUUACGAAUUACCAAUGGAUUUAAAAUUUGGCAUUAUACCGGCUCAUUGAUAUAUCAACGACCAUGGAAUAACCAAGAAGAACUUUGGGAAGUAGCGUGGCAAAGUUUCCCUUCGAAUGUUUUCCCACAAAAACCUAUUAGUUACAAAGCAGUUGAGGGAAUUGUCACUAAUGAUAAUCAAUCGCAAGCACCAAAAGAAGCAUACAGACCACCAUGUGCCAGAGGACAAAAUAUUACAUUUAAGUUACAUGAUGAUCUUGAGAUGCCUUCUAAAUCAAGUGAAUCAAAUCCAUCAAAAGCUGCAUUAAAAAUGAAGAAGAAUCGAGAAGCAAAAAAAGCUAAAAAAGAAUUAGAGUCUAACAAUCCAACCGAGCAUGUUUCAAGUACAACAACGAGCAUAAAAAUAGAACUAACUGACGAUCCUGAAAAAAAUAAAAAAAUAAAGAAAAUAACGAGUAAAUUAGAUCAAAUUUCGAAAUUGAAAGAGCAGUUGAAAGCAGGAAAACAAUUAGAAAUUAAUCAAUUAGACAAGAUUAAAAAGGAAGAUGAAUUGCUAAAAGAACUUGAAGAGUUAACUUUAUGAUAAAUCAUCCAAAUAUUAAACAGAAUAACUCGAUAAACAGAUAAAGCUAUGACAAAAGUGGCUUUUUUGAAAUAAAAUGAUUGCAAGAGACACUUGUAGGUGAAAAACAAAUUGUUCACCUUUACAACUUGAAAAAAACAACGAGAUUAUGAGAAAUUUUGGAUACAAUCAAAUCUGAAAAUAUCUCCUCUCUUCUCUCAUCAGUUACCAAUCGAUACUGAAUGCAUAUAAAAAGUUCCGUUUUGACUGAAUCCAAGAAUUGUGUUCGUACACAUAAAUAAUAACAGACAA